GUUAAAAGAAGAUUUUUGACAUAACAAAGCUAGAAACGUCAAAGUUGUUGAAAGAAAAAUCAAAAAGUAAAUUGGUUCCUUAAUUUAGUUUAAAGUUUAUGAGAGACAAUUAUCUAAUUUUAAUUGCUAGGACUUUCCCCUGACGGUGUUCCACUCGUGAACGAUGACUGAAAGAUAGUACCAUAUUCAUUAUAGUGAUCAUUAUUGUUUUCUUUGAGGUAUGGCAAACUCCAACAAUAAAACCAACAAUUGGUUGUCACGCCUACGGCAGUUGAGUAUACGAAGAAGAUCUACAGAUAAUAUUCAUAAUAGUAUUUCCGAUGGGCAUGUUGCGUAUAGGAGAGGUACUACAUCUUAUAGUGCAGAUAAUAUGGCACAUCCUAAUAGUAACAGUGUUCGAAGAAGUAUUAUCAAGAUGCACAUAAGAGUUAAAAACGCAUUUAAAAAUAGAGGAUCUAGUAGCAACACUAAUAGAAAUAGCGUUCUGGCUCCCACCAAUUCCAACUCAUCAAAUUCGAACAGUAGAGUGACACUAUCAACUACAGUGCUUCCUAAAGAAAAUAUAUAUUUACUAGAACCAGUAAGGAGAGAUAGUUCUAUUCCUCAGUAUGACGAUUCACCUUUAUGCUUACCAGUGCAGGCAUUGAUAGAAGAUAACCAAAGCACAACUGCUCCUGUGAUACCACCUAGAAGACGAAAUUUUCCACAAUUAUUAUCAGAAGUACAAAAUGGUAGGAUACCAAAAUAUGAAAUAGCAAAUCUUUCAAAUUUCUACUGGUAUUGGGGACCAAUAUCCAGAUCUCAGGCUGAGGAAAGGCUUAAAGAGUCUCCAGAUGGUGCUUUUCUUGUUCGUGAUUCCACUUCUGAUAGGUAUUUAUUCACAAUGAGUUUUCGGAACAUUGGAAAGAUCCUCCAUUCACGGAUAGACUACAGCAAUUCAGGCUACAGUUUAUUUGAUCAAGUAGGUUAUAACAGUAUCGUAGAACUUGUAGAAGAUGCAGUAUCGAAAUCAAAACACGGCGUCUAUUGCUACACGAAAACGAAAGAUGAAAUUCACCCGAAUUUUCCCGUUAGACUGACAUUACCCGUAUCUAGGUACGACAAGGUACCAUCGUUAAAGUACCUAGCUCGUUUCGUUAUCCGACAGUACGUCAUUAUUAACGAUAUGGACCAAUUACCGUUGCCUGUGUCGUUAGUGAAAUAUUUACAAGAAGACGGACCUUACUUUUAGUUUUUUUUUUAUAAUCGAAUAAUAUAUGGAGAUGCUGAGUA